AUGCCUACAUUGUUUGAUUCACAUGAUGAAUUUGCUAAUUGGUUUUUACGUGAUACUGAGUCUCAAGCCAGUGUUACAGCUAGAACUGGCUGUGGGGGAGCAGCGGGAGGAGGAAGUAUCAUUAGUAGCAGUGGAACUGGAUCUUUAAUAAAUUCAAAAUUGAGUGAAAAUCAAUUAUCACGUUUAAAUUUAAUUUUAAAAUCAUUCAUGUUACGUAGGAUAAAAACUGAAGUUGAACAUGAAAUAUCUACUAAGACUGAGAUUAUGUUAUAUUGUCCAUUAAGUCAUCGACAACAAAUAUUAUAUGAACGAUUACGUAGUAAGAUUCGUCUUGAAGAUCUUAGCUCCAUCAUGUCUGCGAAUGGAAUAUCAGAUAGUUUUUCAUCGAAUUUGGAUAAUACUAAUGCAUUGUCAUCGUCUUCGUCAGCUACAGCCCAUUUAAUUAAUUUAGUGAUGCAGUUAAGAAAAGAUAUGUCUAUAAAUAAUUAUACAAGUGGAUGGUCUUCAUUUUCAAUAUUACCACAUGUAGUUCACCCAAUACUUCACAUGAGUUCAGUUAGGAAGCAUAGUAAACGUUGGAAUAAACAAUCAGAGGACAAGAUUUAUGAAGAUGACGGUGAUGAUGGUAAUGAAGAACAUAUAACAAACAUUUUAUUAACAUUUGUGUUGGCUGUUGAUUCUGAAACGCUGUUAAAUAGAGAAUCUACUAUCACACGACCAAAGUCAGUUAACUCAAGCUCAUCUAGUUUAUCUAACGGACAUAACAAUUUUAUGUAUUUUCAUCUAGAAUACUCAAUAAUGAAUAAAGAAGAUUUUUUAUUUUCUACAGAUGUGGUAGUAUUUUCAAAAUCCAUUGCUAAAAUUUACCCAACCAACUGUUCAUCAAAACUAAUAAAUCCCUGUGAAUUUAACGACACUUUAUGGAUUGUAUGGACCGAACAAAUACCAAUAGCGAUUACGGAUGAAAUAAUUAUUGACUUUUGGAACUUAACACAAACUGGUGGCAUACAUGUUAAAUGUUGGGAUCAACGAGAAAAGUGUUCGAUUCAGACAAGAUUUGAUAGACCAAGAUCUGUCAAUAUUAACAGUAACAAACAGUCUGAAGAUAAUUUGAAGGAUGAUAACAAGUUAAGUGAAGUUCAAUCUAUAAUAAACAUGUUAAAUUCUUAUCGUAAAAAUCCAACGAAUGUACAGAUGAAUAGUUCGAAUACUGAGAGUGUUUCUAAGAGAUGUAAAACAACAUUAGAAUCAAAAACAAAAAAGCAUAUAAAAUACGUAAAUACAUCUAACCAAUCUUGCAGUAGUACAAUGAAAGUAUUAUCUGCUGGUCAUAGUUCAAGGAAAACUGACAGAAUUCAAAAUCCUGUUGAGAGUUGGGGAACAUGUUGUUUAGUAUUACAAACAGGACAUUUAUUUCGUAUAAAUCCACCAGAAUGGAUUGUAGCGUGUAAACCAUUGACACAUACUAAUAAUGUAUCAUUGAAUAAGCCACCAUUAUCUUCAGUGACUUUAGAAUUAGAGAGUAAUUUUAAAGAUAUAUUAGUUGGUAUGAAACUUUCUAAUUCAUUGAUGUCUGAUCAACAGAGGCAGAAAUUUCAGCCAAUCAUAUUGACUAUCGACAGAUUACGUAAUCUUCCCGUUGCUCCAUAUAGAAGCUAUGAAGAAAUGAGAAAUAAAUGUGAACCAAUACGAUUAGUAACUACAUUCUCUGAUGUAUGGAGCCAUCAGUCAGGUGAAUAUGUUCAAGACAAAGAAAUAUAUAUGGAUGAAGUACAGGUUAUCCUGACACAUGAUAUUCCUGGAUUAUAUCUUCGGGAAUUGGUACAAACUUUCCCUGUAGUCAUUGAUGUAUAUGACAGAGUGUGCCAUGGAGAAGAAACAACUGAAGUUAAACAACUGUCUCAAAAUGGUUUAUUUUGCGCUGAGCCAGAUGAUGAUAAAAUUGGAAAAGCUCAACCAAAUUUAAAAACAGAUAUAUUUUCAAAGAAAUGUAUAGGUCAAAAAACUAGUGAAAACAGUCCUAAAAUUUCAUCACCUACGGGAAGGAUUGUCGUUAAUUUAAGUGAGAUGAUUUGUUUAAAAUGUAUGAAAAUGAAACAAACACUACCUGUGCUGCCGAUGAGUGAAUCUGAUCUAGAUUUAUUAAAAGACUAUAGAUCUAUUAAUGAAAAUCCUAGAAGUAUUCCUCGUAGUUAUAUUGGCUACGUGGAUUCCCAGUGUGAAAUAUCCAUUGAAAUAGAGAUAAACAUCAACAUGGAUCGACUAUUCCAAAUAAAAACCUUACCUGAAAAUACCCAGACUAUUGAACGUAUGAUUUUCAUUUUGGAAAAGCCAGAUAAAAGCGAAAUAGAAGCUAAUUAUGUAUCAGAGAUAAUAGAAAAAAUUCAAUUAUUUAUAAUAAAAUCAAAUGCACGUUCAAUUGGUAUAUCUGAUGAAUUACCUUUACAUAUGAUUAAAGCAAAUUUAAAUUCUAUACAAUCACAAUAUAUGCCAUGCAUUCAUUCAAAUCUAUCUAAUUUUUUAUUAUCUAAUUCAAAUAAUAAUGAUAAUAACAGUAACAGUAAUAAUAAUAAUAAUAUUACUACUAAUAAUAAUGGUAAUAAGAAGAGUAAUAGUAAUAAUAAUGAUAGUAAUAUCAAUAAUAAUAAUAAUAAUAAAUGUAAAUAUAAGAACUUUCAAUUAAAUAAUCAAUUUAUCACAGGUUUUCAUUUAAAUGAUCAAGAUUUUAAUUUAAUUAUAUUAGAAAUUGGUGAUCAUUUAAUAAGUCAAUAUUUAGAAAAUUUAUUGAUUCAUUGUCUAUAUAAAUAUAAUCAAUAUUCAAUAAAUUAUUCAACUAAAAAAUAUAAUAAUGUUAAAUUUUUUAAAAAUAAUCAAUUAUUAUAUCAUAAACGUUUAUAUACAUCAUUAAAUUGGUAUUUAUUAGAGUAUAAAAUGUUAAUACCAAUCAAUCAAUUAAUCAAUAAAUCAAUAUUUUAUAUACGUGAUUUAUUACCACGUAUUAUUUAUUGUGCUAUUUAUAGAAUAAUCAAUCUAAGAUUAUAUUAUAAUAUAUUAUUAUAUAAUCGAUAUCAUAAUAUAUAUCCAACUAAUAAAAUGAUGAAUGAAUUAAUUAAACAAUUUUGUAUUACAUCUAAUUUAAUCAAUGAUUAUUCAUUAUUAUAUAAUAAUAUAUCAAUGAAAUCAUUAUCUAAUAUAAAUAAUAAUAAUAAUAAUGAACAGAAUCAAUUCAAUGAAGAUGAUAUUGUUCAUAUAAAAGAAAAUGUAAAUAAAAUAUUGAAGAAAAAAAACAUUUUGUUAAAAAGUAUUAAAUAUAGAAAUGAUAAUGUUAUAUCCUAUUGGUGAUGAUUAGAUGACGAGUAACUUCCAUGAUCUAAUACUAUAUAUAUAUAUUCCUAUUUGUACAACUAUUCAAUAAUUAGAUUGCCUGCUUGAGCAUCUGGGCUACC